UGGUGAGAAGGGAAAAUGCCUCCCGCUCCGAACCCUCAACCGGCCCCGUUCCGGUCCCGUUCGGCAAGAGCCGGAGGCGCUGGGCCGGAACCCCGCCGGGAACGGGGAGGGGAAGAGGAAGCGCCUGAGGGGAGGCGAGGUCGGCCGGCCUUUCCCCCACGGCGGCCGUCUCCAUGGCGACCGGCCGCCUCGGCCAACCGCGAGCCACUUCCGUCGACGUCACCGCCGACACGUGGAUCCAAGAUGGCGGCCUCGGGAGCUCUGAGGUUUACAUGCCCCCUCUUCCUUCUGUGGCAUGGGGUGAGUUGUUUCUACGUGCCAGGAGUUGCUCCCAUCAAUUUUCACCGGAAUGCUCCUGUAGAAAUCAAGGCUGUGAAACUCACCAGUUCGCGGACCCAGUUACCCUAUGGGUAUUACUCCUUACCAUUCUGCCGGCCUGGCAUCAUCACGUAUAAAGCUGAGAAUUUGGGUGAGGUUCUGAGGGGGGACCGGAUUGUCAACACUCCAUUCCAGGUUUUCAUGAAUGUCGAAAAGAAGUGUGUGGUGUUGUGUAAUGUUCCAAACAAGCCCGUUGUCCUGACCAAGGAGGGCAGCCAACUCGUGGUUGAACGGAUCCAGGAGGAAUACUAUGUUCACCUCAUUGCCGAUAACUUGCCAGUGGCCACAAGGCUGGAAUUCUACUCGAACCGUGAGGAGGAAGAGAAGAACAAGGAGAGGGACCUUCAAUUUGAGCAUGGCUAUCGGCUUGGGUUCAUGGAGAAGAACAGGUUCUUCCUGCACAACCACCUUUCCUUCAUCCUUUACUACCAUAGAGAGGACGUGGAGGAGAACCAGGAGCCCACCUAUCGGGUGGUUCGCUUCGAAGUCAUUCCACAGAGCAUUGCGCUUGCCGACAUGAAAGUGGAUGAGAAGGGGGUGUGUGUCCUCCCUGAAGCUGCCAGCGCCUCCGCUCAAGAAAUUGAUCCGAGGAAGCCAAAUGAACUCUUUUUCACCUAUUCUGUGCACUGGGAGGAGAGCGACAUCAAGUGGGCUUCCCGUUGGGACACUUACCUCACCAUGAGUGACGUACAGAUACAUUGGUUUUCCAUCGUGAACUCCGUGGUGGUGGUCUUCUUCCUUUCAGGCAUUCUCAGCAUGAUCAUCAUCCGAACCCUUCGGAAGGAUAUUGCCAACUACAACAAGGAAGACGACAUUGAAGACACCAUGGAGGAGUCGGGGUGGAAGCUGGUGCACGGGGAUGUCUUCAGGCCGCCUCACUACCCCAUGAUCCUCAGCUCCCUCCUGGGCUCUGGCAUCCAGCUUUUUUGUAUGAUCCUGAUCGUUAUUUUUGUGGCCAUGCUGGGGAUGCUGUCUCCCUCCAGCCGGGGGGCUUUGAUGACCACGGCCUGCUUCCUCUUCAUGUUCAUGGGGGUCUUCGGUGGCUUCUCUGCUGGUCGCCUGUAUCGCACGCUCAAAGGCCAUCGUUGGAAGAAAGGCGCUUUCUGUACUGCCACGCUGUACCCCGGAGUUGUCUUUGGAGUAUGCUUCAUCCUGAACUGUUUCAUCUGGGGCAAACGCUCCUCGGGGGCGGUCCCGUUUCCCACCAUGGUGGCCCUCCUCUGCAUGUGGUUCGGCAUUUCCUUGCCCUUGGUGUACCUGGGCUACUACUUUGGCUUCCGCAAGCAGCCGUAUGACAACCCUGUGCGGACCAAUCAGAUCCCAAGGCAGAUCCCAGACCAGAGGUGGUACAUGAACCGGUUCGUUGGGAUUCUCAUGGCUGGAAUUUUGCCUUUUGGAGCCAUGUUCAUUGAGCUUUUCUUCAUUUUCAGCGCCAUCUGGGAGAACCAGUUCUACUACCUCUUUGGCUUCUUGUUCCUGGUAUUUAUCAUCCUCGUGGUCUCCUGUUCCCAGAUCAGCAUCGUCAUGGUGUACUUCCAGCUCUGUGCUGAGGAUUAUCGGUGGUGGUGGAGGACCUUCCUGGUGUCUGGAGGAUCUGCUUUCUACGUGCUGAUCUAUGCAAUCUUCUACUUUGUGAAUAAGCUGGACAUUGUGGAAUUUAUUCCCUCCUUAUUGUAUUUCGGCUACACAGCCCUCAUGGUGCUGUCAUUCUGGCUCCUGACAGGGACCGUCGGCUUCUAUGCAGCCUACAUGUUUGUCCGCAAAAUUUAUGCUGCUGUGAAAAUAGACUGAAGGUGCUGUGACACCUGACAGCACAGUGCCACUAUACUUUGGUUUCCUUCUAGAAAGGAAGUGGGGAACUUUUUCCUGUUUCUCCCAAGGAAACAAAACCCUUUGGGAGCAGGCCACGGGAAAUAAAACAUAGUUCAACUCUUGGAAUGUAAUCUUUGGCACAGUAUCCGCGGAAUCGGGAUCUCCUGGAGGGGAAGGGUGUAUAGAUUCUGUACAUUUUAAUUUUUAUUCUAUUCAGGAUAUAAGGGAUUUUUUAAAAACUCCAGUCCAUCCCUUUCAAAGAAUAUUCCUUCAUCUAACUUUCAAAAUCAAGACAGUAACCCAAGAUUGCAGUGAUUACUCUCGAGCUCAGGGAGAGAGAUUCUUCAAUAGCCUUUUGCUAUGCCUGUGCUGGGAGAAGACGGCGGGCCCUGCAGUCUGCUGGGAGGAUUCCUAGAAAUGGACUGCUGACAUUCCUCGCGCGGUCUGGUUUCAGCAACUCUCUGCCCAGGUGCUGCGGAGGGCCUAUUUCGGAAUGAGACAAGCGCAAUUUUUCAGAAGGGGCUUUCGAACUGUAAUCUUCCGUCCCGCCUCUCCCACUUUCUCCUGUGCCGGAAGUCUCAGCCGAGGCGGCAACAGUACGUUGAGUUUUAAAUGAUGAAUUAUAAGGGAUGCAGAACCCUUGCUCUGCCAACGGAGCGGGCCAGCGAACUGGAGAACGCAGCUCGGAAGUGCUGGGGAAACGUCUUGGGCCCUCCCCACUAGCGCCUGGAUUUGGGCGAGAUGAGGGACCACGGGCAGAAAACAAGCGAAGUUGCCACGUUCAUGUGCCAAGGAAUCGGUGGCUCAGACACAGAGAACUCCCGUGGCCACGUGGAAGAGAAGAAAAGGACUUUGGCGAGUCCUGCAUUUCGGGAAGUAAUUGCCUGCCCCGGUUCUGCGGGUAUUUGUAAAACCUCCACCCCCGCCCCGCCAGUCCUGGCAGAGUCACGCCCUUCCCCUGUUCGGGUCUGUCCUUAGAAAUCAGGCAUUCAGUUCUGACCCUUCCUGAUCUCUGUGCAAAUGGUGUAUUUGGAAAGUGACCUGUGAAUCUAGCCACGUACCCACCAAGCUCUUCCUGUUGCUGCAAGCGAAACACUCCUCAGUCUGGAAGGUGGAGGCUUGUUUGUCCUGACUGGGAGUUGGCAAGUCACCCCCCCCACCCACCACCCCCCCGAAUCCAGUUGCUGGAAGACACUUAAAGACUCUUCUUGGACAAACGCCGCCUUUUUCUGUGCUAACAGGAGAUGGGCUUGAUUUUUAAAACUGCUGAAAAAGCGAGUCGCGGUGACAUUUUUCCUGAGAGCUGGAGCGGUUCACGCAGCGUUUUCAUCCAAGGAUUAAAAACCUCCAUGCUUCUCCCUGACGUGUCCUGACAACGAACCACGGUCACUUUGCGGAGAAAAACACUGUUUUCUGUGGGCGUAUCUUAGGAUAAGCAAGCGUGCGUUUCUCAGCAAUCGCGAUGCCUGUUUUAACGCCCCUUUCCCUCCACGGCCCCCACCCCCGCAUUUCUGGCCCUCUGGGCGGACGAAGGGGCCGUCACCGUUCUCCACAACUAGCACGGUCCGGGGAGGCCUUCUUGGCUGUCGCCCGCCCCUUGCCGCCUCCCCACGUCAUCCAUCCCGUUGCUUACCAUGCCAAGGUCACAUCAGCCAGAACCAAGGUUGGGCUGAGAAGAGCCACGGGAUGUGAGGUUUAGGCUGAUUCCUUGGUGAACUUUGGCCUGACUUCGAGUUCUUGAGUGGGCCACUUUCCCCUUCUCCAUCAGAUCUGCUCUAGCCACGCGGUCAGCCUUGUAUUUUUAAUGUACUGUUUGAGCCCAAAUGUAAAUAAAUACGCUGUUGUCCAAUUCA